AUGACAACUAGAAGUGAUAGCUCAAACUGUGAAAAUCGAUCAUGCCGUUUUCCUAUGUCAUCGCAUGGUGAUUCUUUGAACAAUGAUAAUCCAAUGAAUUUAAGUAACGUAAUUCAUUGGAUUAACUCUUUUGAAUUUACUCGUCCAAAAAAAACCAUUGUCAGAGAUUUUUCUGAUGCAACUAUGGUUGCUGAAAUAAUAAAAUUUUACUGGCCAAAAUUAAUAGACCUUCACAAUUAUGUACCAGCUAGCUCAUUGACAAAUAAGAUUUCGAAUUGGAAUACUUUAAAUAGAAAAGUAUUAAAGAAAGUAAAGUUACAAAUUUCUAAGGAAACUAUUGAAAAGUUAUCAACAGCCGAUCCAAAUACUAUUUUUCAGUUUUUGAAAUCUUUAAAAGUAGUAGUUGAUGAACAUGAACACGAAAAACAAUUAAGAUUAGAAAAAGAUCAAAAUUGUCCACUUUAUAUCAUAGUUAACGAUGAAAUGAUUCAAGUUACAGAAACUGAUUGUUGCACUAAGGAAUAUCUCAGCAAAGAAGUUGUAGGACUAAUAAAUAAACUUGAGCAUAAAAUCAAUGAAAUGGAACACAAGAUUGACCACAUGAGUUCAUUGAUAUGUGUGAAAGAUAGGCGGAUAAAAGAUUUACAAUCACAAUUAAAUCAGCUGAAAAAAGAUAACACUUCCUGA